AAGCGUGUCUGAAACACAGGUGAAGCCCAGACCUUGUGAUCUUUCUCCACUUGGCUGAAACUACCUGUCGUACUAUUUGCACUGGACACAUGACGGCUGAAGGCCAUUUGUCUUCUGCUGCAAAUGUUAACAACAAGCAUACUUACAUUUUUCCUUGUUUUCAGACCUACACGGCGUUAUUUUUAUAGUUGAAUGUGUUUGCAAUCUGUUUUAUCAUUUGACAUCAACACUCAAGUGUGGCAUUACAUACUCUCUACAUGCUUUCAAUCGUUAUAUACUCCAUUUAAAUAUUAUGUCAUGAUCAUUUCUGUUCUUUAAAUUUCUAUUUAAUGAUCUUUCCCCAUUGUGAGAUAGAUGGAUAGUGCUCCAUUGUAUAGUCUCACUGUCUUAUUCUGGCUUUCUAAAUACUGUCGUCAUGUUGAAAAAUACACAAGCUGAUUAUACAAGACACGGACAAGUCAUAAUUGUUACUUGUGAUACUUUUGGUUCAGCCGUCUAUCAUCAGUUUUUUAUUGUUGUGGCGAUGAUAAUGAGGGCAGCAUGUCUGCACUAAACUGACCAAUGAGAACGAGAAUAGCUGUUGAUUGAUAACCGAUUUGGCCAAUAGGAUCACUGGGGAAAAUGCGUUUGUACCAGCCCUGUCUCCCGUACAAGCGUAGGCGACUGUUUUGUGAAUGUGGACAUCAUGGUGUGGGAGGUGGUGACGCCAACUGUGCUGUCGAUUAACCCCAAACGUCACGAGCCCGAGACUCAGCGUGAACACACAGGAGUGAUGAUGGAUGCAGAUGGAGACCAAUCACAUGACCCCCUCCGCUGUGAGGAACACCUCCCCUCCUCCCCUAGCCUCCCCACCAGCGACAGUUACAUGGAAUACGACGACCUCCCAGACCUGCAAGAGGUUCAAGAGGAGGCAGAGCCGACAUCGCCACCUGUCUACCAAGUGGAGAUGGGCGUGUCACACCAGGAGAGACACACACACACUCAAGCACACGGCUCCCAGCCUCCUGACACACACUGGCUGACACAGCUGGCUCACAUCGCCACUGGACCUCAGAGCCCACUGCUGCAGGAGUCCCCUCACAGCAGUUCCUCUUCAGUCUGCAUCUCGAGCACCAGCAGUGAUCUACAUUCCUACGCUCGGCCUCCUCCUCCUCCUCUCUCCAGCAGCACCUUGUCGCCCCCCAGAGGCCGUGGCAGGGAGCGCCCACGCAGCAGGACGAGCAGCGAAUGUGGCUCUGCAGUGUCAACCAGAUCCUCUCUGUCUGAUGAUGAAGACAUGGGCUGGAGCUUCUCCUGUCCACCCACCGCCUGGCACUGUUUUCUCAAAGGCACUCGUCUGCGUUUCCACAGCGGCUCUAAUGUGGAGUGGCAGGACGUUGAGGACCUGGACUCUGGUGAGGAAGACUCUGGUGAUGAGGAGCAGUCCAGAUCUCUGAAGAGUUACGGCUCUGAGGGUCUGCGGCUGGUGGAGCAUUCAGAGAAUGUGUUGUCUGGUCAGGCUGUCCUACAGCUGACCUUUGACCCCGGGGCAUUCGGACAUGCCCCCAUGACCGCACGGUGCCAACUUGAUCACCCUUUCUAUGUCAAAAACAAAGGAUGGUCUUCAUUCUACCCAAGCUUGACUGUGGUGCAUUAUGGGAUACCGUGCUAUGAAAUGGAGGUAGGAGACGUGUGCCUGCCUCCAGGACACAGAGAUGCCAAACACACCGAGGACUCACUGGUGUUUGACACAUUCAGGAGUUAUGAUUUCACUCCUCUGGACUCCUCUGCGGUUUACGUGUUGAGCAGCAUGGCCAGACGGCGACGUGCCUCCCAGUCCAGCGGGGGAGCUGCCUCUCCAGACAGAGACACAUCACAAGAUGCUCACAGUCUCAGCCACUCUCCUCAUCAAAAGCCAACCAAAAGCCAGCAUGCCAGCGCACCUGGAGGAAAUAAUGUCACGCCUAACAAGUGCAAGCGGCCAAUGAAUGCCUUCAUGUUGUUCGCCAAGAAGUUCAGGGUGGAGUACACACAGAUGUACCCAGGCAAGGACAACAGAGCGAUCAGCGUCCUCCUUGGUGAGCGGUGGAAGAAAAUGCGAAAUGAGGAGCGGCGGAUGUUCACCAUACAGGCCAAAGCUCUCGCUGAUGAACAGAAAAGACUCAACCCAGACUGCUGGAAACGCAAACGAACCAGCUCUGGUUGUCAGGGAAAUUAGGGCUGCAGACAAGAACCAAGACAGAGCCUGCAGGAGUACACACACACACACACACAUAUACACAAAGUGACAAGAAAAAGAGAGCGAUUUGUAACCUAAUGCUACGCUUCAAUAUUAUAUUUUCUUAACAGACUUAUCUUGAUCUCCCAAAGCACAGAUCUGAUUCAAAUAUUUCAAAGAUUCUCACAAAUAUCAUCACAGUAAAGAGCAGAAUCUGCUUUUUUUUUUUAGAUGUUUAAGCUGCUCUCUGAAGAUGUCACUUUCCUCUCUUCCUUCCGCUUUUGAAAGGUGCUACAUGUCAUAUUUUAAAAUGGUAUAAAUCAUUAUCUGUUUAUGGGAUUGUAACACAUUUUUAAACAUUAUGUUUUAACGCUACAGAGCACUGUGGAGGACAUUUUUUCCCAAACAAAAUUGAAAAGCAGAAUACCAGCUAUGACUAGAGUUCAUCUCCAUGAGUGAUUUUACAGCAAUGUGACAAUAAUUUAAAAAAAAGAGAUUCGGAUCAUUUCCAGAUUCUCACCAUAUGCUUGAACCAGGUGGACCUUGAGGUGCUGUAGCUUUUUAGGUAAAGUACAGAAUGUAGCUAUUUUUCCAUAAUUAUAUAAUAAUGAAUAUACAAAGUAUUUUCUUGCCUAUAUUUGCACUCAAUGUAUUGCACAAGACUAUAUAUUUUAACUUUGCUUUCAUGUAAUUUAUCAUGUAAUAUUGAGUUAGUAUACAAAUUGACACGUAAAUUCUCAAAUAAUGGCCAAGGCUUUUAGUCUCUUCAAUACAAGAGAGAACCGGGUCUUUAUUAGAGACAGGUCGCUAUGUCUAAUUUGUAUUUCAUAAUUAUUAUUAUGAAAGUACCAUGAAAAAUACAUAGUACUGAUAGUACUGAUGGAAUUAAUCCUGUAGCAAUGCAGAAUUUACAGUGGUAAUUGCAUUUCUCCCCUUUUUCCCUUGCUUGUUUUUAUAUGGGCUCUUAUUUGAGAAUUUAUGGUAAUUAAUUAGUGGGUAUGUUACAGUAAAUUGCCAUUAUAGCUCAGGCAGCAGAAUGACAUGAGGACUUGAUUCAGAUUCGUCAGCCAUUAUUGACGCUGCUGAAGUGUCUUUGAGUGUGAGGAGCAACAGAAAAGAUAAUCUCACUGCAGGAUUUCAUAUGUAAUUGCUUGUAAUUCUUACAUCUCUAUGUGCCAUGAUGAAUUUUUAGCGGUGUGUUAUAAAAGUUUGUUUGUAUAUAAUCAAAGACACAUAAAUUUAGGUGAGGGUUCACGUCACUCACAGCUUCAUUUAAGAUGUUUCCAGAGAAAAAAAUGGCUUAUACUGACCUACAAAAUAGUGUGACAGAGAGAGAAACUAUUAAAAAAAACACAAAAACUAGUUGUUUGUCCCCGCCCCUUGACAUUUAUCUCCACCAAUGAGUUUUAGCAGGUUUAGUCUAUGUCAAAAAUAGGAAAAGAUUAUAAAACCAUUUCUAGCCACUGUCAGGCAGGUAGUGAGCACACUGAGAAAAAUAGCCUCAUUAUCAUUCUUCACAAGACCGAUCAACAGUCACUGUGAACAUUUUGUACAGUAAAAGAGGGCAGCACUAGUCAUUCAGUAGUAUUUACUUUGGAUAGAACCACGAGUGUUAGGCUUUAGAAACAUCACUUGGUUGGAUGAAAGUGUUUGUUUUGACAUGUAGGGUUAUUAUUAAUGCAGAGUGUGAAGGCAGGAUGGGGAUCUGCUUUGGUUUGACGUGCAGGUGAAAGUGAAAUUUUAACAGAAAUAGGAAAACAAAAAAUUGAAAUGCUCCCAGGGUGGGCGCUUAUACUCUCACUGCAUAACGAGGUUUGUUCCUAAUGCACUAUAUACACUUUAUCUUAUGUGACUGCUACAGUAUAAUGUGUAUUGACAAAUAUUGAUAUGAUUAUAUAGAAAUAUAUAUUUUUGGUUUUGACUUAAUCUUUGUUAACCUUUUGCAGUUGUGCAUCGAUUAUUGGACUUUUGUUUUUCUUUAAUAUCACGUCAUGUACAGGUCGAUCUUGGGAGACAAUGCAAUACAAUGUAUUAUGCUAUAAAUAAAAGCAUGAUAAAUCUUA